AUGGGCAGUGGACAGUCCAUAGAACAGAGGAUAGAAACCUUUGCCAAGAAGAAUGAUCACUUUGGGCUCCAGUCCCUGCUGGCAGAGAUCCGGCAGCGCGACCCCAAUUACAAUGCCAAUAAGGCACAGUACCUGGACUUUAUACUGGCCUCCGGAGUCACGCCCCUGAUCGCGGCCACGCAACGUGGAAAUCUGCAGUGCGCGGAAGUGUUGAUUGCCGCAGGCGCCGAUGUGCACAUCGUGUGCCCCAGCCUGGAUGGGAACAGCGCACUGCACGAGGCCGUGUCCCGCAAGCAAGACAGCUUGGUGGAGGUGCUGCUGCAGGCAGGGGCCAACCCCUGCGUCGAGAAUGCCAAGGGCUACACCGCGAUGGACGUGGCCUGCUCGCGCCGCAAUGUCAGCGUGCUGCGCCUGCUGGAGCAGCGCUCGCCCUUCAAGGGCUGGCUGUACGUCAAGACUGCCACCUUUGCCGGGCUGAGCCGCGAGUGGAAACGGCGCUGGUGCAUCGUGUGCCACCGCCACCCCUACCCGCGGGCGCCCGAGGGCCGGCGCCUGAUCCACGUGGUCCUGCUGGCCUACCGCGACACCGAGGCCGUAGCCCCCGUCUGCCGCGUCUGGCUGGACGGCGCGGUGGCCACGCCCAUGGCCAGCGCCACCGCGCAGGCACGCGUGCGAGGACAUGGGCCGGCGCAGGCCGCGCUGAAGCUGCACCACAAGCACGAGGUGCCGGCGGGGGCCUACACCACGGGCUACGCCGGCCAAGGCCUCACCAUGUACCUCAGGCCCGACUACGGCGACCAGGCGGUACUGGAUGCCUUCUCCGCCUUCAUCGCCCUGGUCAACAACCGCGGCUUCAUCCCGGCAGGGGCCAACCCCUCCUCGCAGCCGGUGCCCAACAACCUGCCCGCCACGCCCCACGGCCGCCUGGCAGACCGCCCAGGAGACUGGGGCGUGGCUGCUGGGGGAGCGGGGGCCUCUGGCGGCCUCGGCGGCGCCCCCAGCGACGAGGAGCUGGCCAGGCGGCUGCAGGAGGAGGAGGACUCUGCCUUUGCGGCCCGGCUGGCCAGCAAUCCGGAGGACCACCCCGCGGCCUCCUCCAACGCCUCCUUCGCCAGCUCCGCUGGCUGGCAGGGCCCGGGCCAGGCCGGCGGUCGCCCAGGCCCUCCCUCGCCCAGCCACACACCCGCCCCGGGUGGCGCGCUGUACCCUCGCAUCGACUACGAGCAGCGCUACGCCGACCAGGCGGCGCCCCCUUCCCCUCCGCGCCUCCCCUCCAGCCUGCAGUCCACGCCCUCACGCAUCUCGGCGCCGGGCACGGGCGCGGGACCCCUGGGCCUGGUGCACCGGUGCUGCUGCCGCUCCUGUGCGCAGCACCUGAAGGACCAGAACGUGCGAAACUGCCCCAUGUGCCGGGAACCCAUCCAGAGCUACAUCAUGAACGUGUACUGA